UACGAGCAUUUUUAUUAAUUUGUGUCUGUAAUGUUGCUUUAUUCUAACAUGAUUAUGAAAUAUAGUAUGUGUGUUUUUCCGGUGUUUGUUUUUGUUCUUAGAUCACUCGAUCAAGGAAUAUUGGAUUUUUAAUGGAAUCAUAGAACAGCGAAUUGCUUAAUUAAAAUUAAUAAGGUCGUAUAUUAUUCAUUUACAUUGUGGAGUACGGUAAAUGAAUAUCAGAAAUAUCGAUAUUUUCUGGUGCAGUGGCACAACGGGACUUAACAAAUCCAAUACUUUCGAAUUAAGUUUAGAUGAAAUGGAAUUAUUUGAAUUAACCUACACUGUUCUUUAAUAUUGACGUAAAAAUGCUUUUUACAAUGGGAUUAGUAAUGCUGAUCGCAACGUGUAGAAUUUUAGCUGUCAGCGACAGCUUAAUAACAAUAGGAAUUAUAGCCAAUGGAACAGAGAACGUCGAGACAGUAAAUAUUUUGAGCCAUUCACAUGCGUUUAAGAUCGUCAAACAUAUUAUUAAUACGACGGAAGUGUACAAUAUAUUCAGUUCAGUUCAAAGGUUGGAUGCCAGUGCAAGUGUGGAUGUUAUCACAUUGCUGAACUAUGAUAUUUCCAUUGUAAAGAUGCCACAAAUACUGAGGACACACAAUAAGAAGUUGAUAAAAAUGGGAGCGAGACCUAGAUUCCAUCAAAACAUAGAUGGAACUAAGACAGAAAUAUCUAAAAAUACCGUUUCCUGCACAAUGGACCUUGAUGACUUCCGUAAUGAUGUUUAUUGUGUGCCAACUACAAACGGGACAACUGUUGAUAGGUAACUCGUGUUUUUCUGUUAUAUGUUACACG